AUGCACACUGCAUCGAGGAUACCAUCGCUCUUGCUGUUCAUGCUGUUUGUCGUCUCUGCCGUUAUUGCUGCCGAUGCAGACGCACAUUUCCAUCUACACAGACGUCAAGUCCAGAGUACUGUGGCUGGAACUGGUGGUUCAGCCUCAGCCGCACCCUCCAGCUCCGCUGUACAAUCCCAAUCUUCCCAAUCCCGAUUCCAAUCUCAAUCUCAAUCCCAAUCCCAAUCCGGUUCGGAGUCAGAGUUAGUAUCUACAUCCGCACCACCAUCACCAUCCUCAACAGCAAUUGUCACUACCACUCGGUCACCAUCGUCUCCCGCAGCGCCAGCAUCGUCAAUUCCAGCACCCACCACAGAAGUAGAAAUCUCGAGUACUCCUACUGCGACACAAAUCAGCGAUGCUCCGAUCGCGACCGCCGAGUCUCCCACCGCAGUGCAAAGCCAAACUGCUCUGAUCACAACCACUGCGGCGCCUUCCGGUGAUACUGAUUCUCCAGCUCUCAUCACAACAACUAUAGUCACUGUCAGCGGCAGCAGUACUAUCUCACGGGUCAUAACAAGUAGUGCCUCUCCGUCAGGUGAGCCCACAUCAACCGAUUCUCCCACCUUGAACGGUGGCGAUGGCGGCUCUGGCGGCUCUGGCGUCACACCAUCGCAGAGGAAUAUCAUAAUUGGUGUUGUUGUUGGUAUUGGAGGUGCCAUACUCGUUGGAGCACUGGCAGUGGUAGCAUGGCGAAUCUGGGGCAGGAAGAAGCAAGAGACUGAUGAUGACAUGUACGACCCCAACAAGACGUUCCAGGAAACCUCCAGCAGCGGUAGUGCCCCAAAUCCGUUCAAGUCAACCCUCGAUCAAUAUCAUAACCCAGGACGCGUCAACACUGCAGCGAAUUUCUGA